AUGCGUCAAACCUCUCGCGUCUAUCUGCACGGCUACAGUGAUGCAUCCGAGCGAGCCAUGGGUGCUUGCCUCUACAUUCGGGCCAUCGGUGGUUGCGGCAAUACAUCGUCGCACUUGCUGUGUGCGAAAUCCAAGACAGUACCGAUUGGGAAUGGACGAACAACAUUACCCCGCUUGGAGUUGUGUGCGGCAGUGACUCUGUCCCGGCUGAUAGCGAAUGUGAUGAAGGCAAACCCUAUAUAUUUCCAUGAAGUGCGGGCUUUUUCGGAUUCAACUGUUGCACUGGCAUGGAUUCACGGAGGAGCUUCGAGAUGGAAAACAUUUGUUGCCAACCGGGUGGCAGAAAUCACUACGAUCCUACCUGCAAUCAAUUGGCAUCAUGUAGAUAGACACAGCAACCCAGCCGAUGUAAUCUCACGUGGUGCUCUGCCAGAGCAAUUGAUCAACAAUUCCCUUUGGUGGCAUGGACCAGGCUGGAUCAAGUCACUCAACACUGACGAAGUUACACUCACUUGUGCUCUUGACGCCACUCAACAACGACAAGUGGAAAGGGAGCAACGAUCGACUGCCGUGGCGUGUUUGGUUGUAUACGAAAACCAAUUUAUCGACGACAUGCUAGCCCGAUACUACCCAAAUUUACAGCUUCUUUUGCGCAUCACAGCGCGAAUGCUACGUUUCUCCCAUCGAGAGCAGAGAGUAUCAAAUCGCCUUAUGCCCCAAGAGAUUGAGAAUGCCAUGGAAGUCUAUAUACGACACGUGCAGAAUCAACAUUACCAACAAGAGAUCAAUCGCCUAGAACGCAAAGGUGAAGUAAAUCGUAGCAGCUCUCUUCGCCAGUUAAAGCCUUAUCUGGAUGAACGACAUCUUCUCAGGGUGGGCGGUAGGCUGCAACUUUCAGAGCUAAGUUACAACACGAAGCACCCGAUAUUGCUGCCGCGCCACUCAAUCCUCACCGCACUCAUUCUCCAUCACGAGCACCACGAACAACUCCACUGUGAUCCGCAAUCACUGCUGAGUGCUGUACGACGACGGUUUUGGAUUGUCGGAGGAACGAGUGCUGCACGCAAGACUUGUCGAUCCUGCGUCGAAUGUAUGCGUGCAAGACCUACACAAUUGCAUCAGCUGAUGGGACAGAUUCCUGUAGAUCGCCUAGCACCGAAUCCCCCCUUCUCUAUCACCGGCAUUAAUUAUGCUAAGCCUGUUAAUAUCAUCAAUCGGCGUACACGUGGCGCUACAUCUAGCAAAGGCUACAAAGCACUUUUCGUGUGCUUUUGCACCCGUGCCGUGCAUCUUGAAGCUGUGUCGGACCUCAGUACAUCUGCCUUCAUUGCUCAUUCACCCGUUUUAGCAGCCGAUACGGAUUGCCGAGCAGAAUUCACUCGGACAACGCUAUCAACUUUCGGGGAGCAGCCCGAAAGUUCCGUGAAUUAUACCAACACAUCAACGAAAUCGAACGGAACGAUCAAGUGA